UUCAAUGUGUUGUAGUUGUAGUGGUUGAGUUAAAAUACUAAAAUAAUAAUAACAACAAUAUAUCCCUUCAUUUCACCCUCCCAACUCCUUUCAAAAACAUUACUCAUCACAUUAAUUUCUCUCCCUCUUUAUACCAAAAAAAAGCAUAUAUUAUAAACUAUAAUAUAUAAAAAAAAAUGCUUGAUCCACGAAGAUACCAUUACCAACCCACAAUUUCUUUUCCAGUAAUUUCUGAUGAUAUAUCAUUACAACAAAAACCUCACACCAACAACAACAUAUGUCAAACAAAAAACAUCAACAAUGAUCCACAUGAUCAAUCUGGUAUGUGUUCUCCUCCUUUAUGGACAACAAAGAGUAAAAGCACCAACUAUAGAAGUCUUUCUCCUGAAUCAAAGAUUGAAGCCAUUGAAAGAGGUCAAAGAGAGUUAAUGGAAAUGGUCAAGAACAUGCCAGAGUCAAGCUAUGAACUCACUCUAAAAGAUCUUGUAGAGGAACAACAACAACAACAACAACAACAACAUCGUCAUCAUCAUGUUGAAGAACACAACAACAACAAUAGGGUAGUGAAGCAGAAGAGUUUGAAUAACAAAAAGGCAAACAGAAGAGAAGGGAUGAUGGAUAAGAGAAGUAUUAGUACUGGCCAUGGGAAUAAUAUUGAUAGUGGAGGAUUUUAUCUGAAAAUGGUUUUUCCAAUUUCUUUAGGAUCAUCAAAGAAACAAUAUUACAAGAAGAAUAAAGAGUCAUCAUUGGUUAAUAGUAAUAAUAGUAAUAAUAAUUCAAAGGUUUCUCCUAGAACAUCAUCAGUUUCUGAUCAUGGAUCUGUUAGUAAAGAUUGGUGGAAGAAGAAGAAGAGUGGUUCAGAAUGUGGAGGUGAAAGUGAUCACAGUGCUAGCACCAAAAGAUCCGGUAGUAUCAGCACCAACAGCAGCUGCAGCAGCAGAAGUAAUACUAGCAGGCAUGAAAUAAGUGCUAGUAGUUGUUGGCCUUUCACACGAAGGUCUGAAAUUCUAACACAGAAGUAAGUUCGUUUGAAAAACAUCAAAAAUCAAGGUGAGGAAUAAUGGUGGAUCAAAAGCUAUAUACAUUUCAGCUUCUGGAAAUCACGGUGGGAGAAAUUUAAACCCACACUGCUCAACCAAACACAUGCUAAGUGUCUUGUAUGAUAUUUUGGACUGCAAAAUAUUGUUUGAGAUAUGUAUUUGUAUCAUUGUUAUUUGAUUGAAAUUUAGAGACAUGGGAGCAUGUAAAACCAAGUAUCCAAACACUGGAUUUGACAUACAGUAUGAAAUAUGUAGUAUUAUAUUUUGCUGACUCAUUAAAUAUUACUAGUUGAGAGAUAAA